GGCUCUAAAUAUAGACAUUUCCUCUCUAUUUAUAGCACUUAAAACAGAGGAAGUUAAAUCUGACGUGAAUCGGUUGAUGUUGAUAAGGUAAUUCGCUCGUUAGUCACAUUUAUUUUCAACUACAUACCGUCAAUCACCUACGAAUUGAUAAUUUUCUAAAACAUAAAAGACCAAACCAGUACAACUACAAAAUUACUCGCAUGUGCUACGUAUGGAAUCCAGUGGAAUCGCCGAAGGUCAGAGUGCUCCAACACUUCGGCGAGUGUUAAUGUGAAUACCCGGUCCUGACGUUUAAUGUUUAUUAAAAAUGUAAAAGUGUAAUGUUUCAUAGUAAAUUAAAAGUUUGAAUGCCCAAACUAAAAGUGCCAUUCUUUUUUUCAAAGCACGUCAAAUAGAAAUGGAAGAACUCGCGUUAGCAAUCGCAGGAGCUUCAUGCAAAUGUGUGAUAUGUCAAUCGCCGUUGUCCAUAUUCCCCGUAUACUUGGACCAAGCCGGAUCCAUUUGUGGAAGAUGUGCUUCAACAAAUGCCAUUCAGUCCACUUGGAUUCAAAAUUUAUCUUACGAAACGAUAGCGCAGUUUGUAAAAUUUCCGUGUCAAUACCAAACUUUCGGAUGUCUGGAGAAGUUCAUACCGUCCAAAAUGAAAAACCACGAGAACACCUGUAGAUAUAAGCAAUAUCCAUGUCCCAUGUCGUCCUGCACAUGGAUAGGUGAACUGGACAUUAUUUUUGAUCAUUAUGCUGAUGUUCAUGCAAAUUUCAUUUUAACCGAUCCGACGUUCGAACUGGAUUUGAUCAAUAAAUACGACGAAAAUUAUCUAAUUCAAGAUGAAAACGUCACAUUUGCUUUUCACAUCUCGUUCGAUAACAAAGAAGGAGCGUUUUAUUAUUCUUUGUAUUGCAUUGAUCAUUACAAAAUCGGCAACAGUUAUGUUUAUCGCCUGAAAUUGAUUGAACAAUUUGGCAGUAAUGUUUAUUCAUUGCCGGAACUACCCGUAAAUGAUAGCGAAUAUUCGUCGUUUAACAAAGCCAAUGCCCAGAAGGUUUUCGUAAAGGAUAUAAUAAAAGAAUUGCACGACCCUCUGGCCGUUGUAUGCACCAUUAAUAUCGAGCGGAACGUCGUGAAAGCACGAAAGCUGAGUUUGCAAAUUGAGGGUCCUGAGAGCCAAUUUUUAAACAUCCUGGAAUGUCCUGUCUGCCACGAAUACAUGAUACCGCCUAUUUAUCAAUGUCUAACAGGACAUGCCAUAUGUAAUAAGUGUAAGGAGUUGGUCACGGAUUGUCCUGAAUGCAGGGGUCAAAUUGGAAAUACCCGUAACUUUCGGUUAGAACAAAUGGCGGAACAUAUCGAAUAUCCUUGUAAGUAUUCGGGCUGCUCUUUUACCGCCAAACCGGAUAAAAUCAAGGAGCACGAGGCCACUUGUUUUCUCAGCAUCUACGAUUGUCCCUUCAAAUACAGGACCCAGUGCAAAUGGAGUGGUUUUCACUCGGCCAUCUUGGAUCACGUUCACGAUCAGCAUCCUGAAGAUACCGUAGAACUGCCGGUUAUUGUUUUUAUUUGCGAAAGUUUGGAUAAUUUGAACUACACUGAAUACAACAUCUUGCCAGCUUGUGGUCAGUUGUUCAUGGUCGGCUUUUGUUACAGUGAUUUUCAAUUUCUUUGGACUGUGCAAUUUAUAGGACCAAAAGAAAACGCGAAAAAUUACUUUUACGAACUGGACUUUAAGGAUAAUAGUGGAACAGAUAAAAGGCUGUUUGUCAAACGACUCUGCUGUCCGUUGACUGAUUUCGAUGAAAUGUUUGAUGAUGAUGAGGAUGUUGUGUCAUUAAAACAUAGUUUAUUACAGCCUUUAAUAGACAACGGAGACCUGAUAUAUUCCUGCAAUAUUGUUCCUGUAUCCUAGCUAAUGCUAUAAUCACUAUCAGUUAACUGGAAUCAUUUUUUUGUUUUCAUUUUAACAUUAAAACGUCAAUUAUUACUACAAUAAUUGUUUGUUAUGCAGAAUUAAUUAUUCGUUUUUGUUUUGUGAAUAAGUUUUUAUGUAAUAUGUUCUAUAAAAAAUA